AUGGCAGCCUCGAGAAGAAAGGCGUCGGAGCAAAGGAGCUCGCCAUCAAGCAGCGCAGCUUCAAGCGCCGCUACGACCGCGACGCCAAGAAGAUUGCUCCGCCCGCCGAUGAACACGAACGCCGCCUCUACCUCCUCUCCAGGCACGUCUGGGGACGCGAUCCCCCGCCCAGACCACCGGUUGCUGAGGUCCCAAGGGCUACCCAAGGGGAAGGGCGCCGGCGCCCAAGCAAACAAGGACGCUGCCCAAGCGAAGAGCGCCGACCACCAGUCCGGCAAGGAGGCGGUGAAGCCCAAGGCCAAGACUUUGGAUGAGAUGCGCGAGCUGUAUCCUUACCUGGUUGAUGAGGCCACGGUCCUUGUCGAACCGGCGGUGCUGGAAAGUGUGCUCCUCGGCAUUGAAAACAGCGACGCUCAGGCGUUGGACAAGAAGAUCAGGAAGGCGAGGAAGCAGCUCGCCAAGGCCAUCACGGAAUCGGCAAGGAUUAACAACAUAGAAAUGCCUACAGUAUUUAUGUUUACAUCCAGUAAGCUUCAACCAGAAAAGUUAAGAGUCGAAAAUGAGAAUAAUCUUUUGGUUGAUCAUUUGGACAAAACGGAUGAUGUGGAUAGUUGCACUAAACAACGAUUGGCAAGUGUGGAACGUGAAGUAGUGGAGUUGAGACAGGCUGUUAUAGCUUCUCAGUCUCAGCCAAAGGGUAUAAGAUGUGAAUCGGCCAAGAGUGGUCUUCAAUCGAUUGUAGCCGAAAAUCAGACUCCAGCCAAUAUCUACAAAAGAAGAUAG